CGUGGAGACCAAGAUGGCCGAGCACCGAAAGGCGAGGAGAGCGGCCUCAGUGGGAAAAGAGGAGGAGGAGGAAGAAGAAGAGGACGAGGUUCGGUCGGAGAUACCGGACUCACUUUCGGGAAAGUACACUGGGUCUUUUGCAUACUUAACAAUUAAAGAUAGGUUGCCAAAGAUACUGACUAAGGCCCUUGAUACAGUGCAUCGGCAUACAGAUGUAUUUUUUGCACAACAUGGACAGGAAGGAGUUGAGGCGGAAAAAAGAGCCAUUGGUCUCCUGUCGAAGUUACGAAAUGAGCUGCAAACUGACAAGCCAGCAUUACCUCUUACAGAUGAAUUACCGGAUGUUCCCCAGUGGAAUAAAUAUUUAGAACAACAACAGGCUCGACUGGGCACUGAGGAAAACACCAGUUGGUUUAAAGCCUCCUGGUUGUAUAUGGAGUGUUACAUGUACCGUAGGAUCCAUGAAGCACUGCAGCUCAAUCCUCCCAUAUGUGAUUUUGAUGUAUUUAAUGAAGCAAAGACACAAGGUUUCCUGGAGUCACAGGAAGCUAUUACAGCACUUUCUGCCCACCUACAAGAAAUAAAUACGAAUGUAAAAAGUUUUAAGCAGACCCAGAUCAAAGCUGAGCUACUGCGUAUCCUACAGAUUGCGUUGUGGGGUAACAGAUGUGAUCUUUCUGUUUCUGCUGGUAUGGCCAACUCUCAGAAACUCAAUCCAUUAACUGCUCUUGAAUCUUUGAAACCUUUUAUUUUGAUAGAUGACUUUGAAUUUGUUUGGAGCUGCCUCAUUUGUAGUAAGCAAAAGAAAAAUUCAGAAACAGCUCACACCCGAGUAGAUAUUGUCCUUGACAACUCUGGAUUUGAGCUGGUGGCUGACUUGGUUCUGGCAGAUUUUCUCAUCACCUCUCAGCUUGCUGAUGAAGUUCACUUUCAUGGAAAGGCCAUGCCUUGGUUUGUUUCUGAUACGACUAAGAAAGAUUUUGAUUGGACAUUGAAGCAGAUGAAGACAUCCAGCCACCCAGAGGUGUCCAAGUGUGCUGUUGCAUGGGAAGAGUACAUGACAAAAGGUGUUUGGAUUUAUCAAGACCACCCAUUCUGGACCUUCCCCCAUGAGUUUUGUGACAUGUCCCUGGUUGCAAAUGAUCUGUAUGUGGAACUGCAGAAGUCAAAUUUAAUAUUUUUUAAGGGAGACUUGAAUUAUAGGAAGCUAACGGGAGACAGGAAGUGGAGCUAUACAGUUUCUUUUGAAACUGCACUUCGUGGUUUUCAUCCAGCACCCCUUUGUAGCUUGCGCACUCUAAAAGCUGAUAUUCAGGUUGGCUUAAAGCCAGGCCUAGGCGAGCAGCUGGCAGGCUCUGAUCCUAACUGGAUGACCAGUGGUCACUAUGCCAUUAUUCAGUUCAGCAACCAAUUCAGGAAAUAAUGGUGUUACACAGUCUAUGAGUCCAAUUGGCUGGAUUGUCCUCGGUAACAAUUAAUGUGCUGUUUAUUGUUUACAGUAUACUUACUGAUCUUAAGCAUGUUUGAUUUGAGCUUCCUGUAACUUAAUGUCUUAAAGGGAAAUAAUCUUGGGAAUAUUUCUUGUAGAAUGUACCAAAAAUGAAUGUGCAGAAAUGCAUUUUAAAUCUUUAUGUACAUGUGAAAUGUUGCACUGACAUUGAUACAAAAAGAUGAAAAAUACAUCACAAAUGUUGAUUAUCGAUUGCUUAAAUGACAAAGUACAUAUUCAUGAUUAAAGUGGGUACUAGAGUCA